AUACAAUGAUAAAUAUUUUAAAAACAAGAUUUUCUGAAGAAAGCCUUCAAGUAGCCUCAUCAGUAGAUAAUUUACUAAAAUUGAAAUUUGAAAGUUCUUCAUUUUUAAUUGAUCAUUACAAGGAUUUAUUUGGAAUUUGUAAUCAGUCACUGAUGUCUGAAAUGUCUGUUUUAAAAAACAUUCUGGGUGAAAACUCUAGUUUAGAGGAAAUAAAACAACAUUUGAUAUUAUAUGAUGGUAAAGUAUUUCCAAAUUUUUGUAAGAUGUUUCAAGUAGCUAUUACUCUUCCCGUAAGUACAGCGACCUGUGAGAGAUCAUUUUCUACUAUGCGGCGUAUUAAAACAUGGUUGCGUACUUGUAUGAAUCAAGAUAGGUUCAGCAAUUUAAGUAUUAUGAAUAUAGAAAAAGACAUUCCUAUCAAUAAUGAAGACAUAUUAACUAUUUUUGAAAAAACCGAGAGACGGAUACAAUUACAUUAAAUAUCUAUUUGAUGAUAUUUAAUGUUAUA